CAUGAGCAAAGUAAAUUUGGAGGUUAUAAAGCCUUGGAUAACAAAAAGAGUAACUGAAAUCCUUGGAUUUGAAGAUGAUGUUGUGAUUGAGUUUAUAUUCAACCAGCUGGAAGUGAAGGCCUGAACCAAAAUGGAAGUUAUUCCUUGCGUCUGAAGUAUAGCACCAUCACCUUAUUAGGUCACAGCAGAGUGAGUGUCCCAAUGUCGCUCUGACCCAACUCCCUUGAUGACGCAGUGUGUGUUUGGAGAAUCCAGAUUCCAAGAUGAUGCAAAUCAACCUGACUGGAUUUUUGAAUGGGAAAAAUGCUCGAGAAUUCAUGGGAGAACUGUGGCCCCUGCUGUUGAGUGCACAAGAGAACAUCGCUGGGAUCCCCUCUGCUUUCCUAGAAUUGAAGAAGGAAGAAAUAAAACAGAGACAAAUUGAACAAGAAAAAUUGGCUUCUCUAAAAAAACAAGAUGAAGAUAAAGAUAAGAGGGAUAAGGAAGAAAAAGAAAGCAGCAGAGAAAAAAGGGAGCGGUCUCGGAGCCCGAGAAGACGCAAAUCCAGAUCUCCUUCCCCUAGAAGACGAUCUUCCCCUGUCAGGAGAGAGAGAAAGCGCAGUCACUCUCGAUCUCCCCGUCACAGAACCAAGAGCCGGAGCCCUUCCCCUGCCCCAGAAAAGAAGGAGAAAUCUCCAGAGCUCCCAGAACCAUCAGUGAGAACUAAAGACUCUUCCGUACAGGAGGCCACGUCUACAAGUGACAUCCUGAAAGCUCCCAAACCUGAGCCUGUACCAGAGCCCAAAGAACCUUCUCCAGAAAAAAAUUCCAAAAAGGAAAAGGAAAAGACCCGACCAAGAUCUCGAUCACGUUCCAAGUCACGGUCUCGGACCCGUUCUCGAUCACCUUCUCAUACUAGACCAAGACGACGACAUCGAUCCCGAUCCAGAUCGUACUCUCCUAGAAGGCGGCCAAGCCCAAGAAGGCGACCAUCUCCUCGAAGAAGAACUCCGCCAAGACGGAUGCCUCCUCCACCAAGGCACAGGAGGAGUAGGUCUCCAGGGAGACGAAGGAGGCGUUCUUCCGCAUCAUUGUCUGGAAGUAGUUCUUCGUCCUCUUCAUCUCGUUCCCGGUCACCACCAAAGAAGCCUCCCAAGAGGACAUCUAGCCCCCCUCGAAAAACUCGUAGGCUAUCUCCUUCAGCAAGUCCUCCAAGGCGAAGGCACAGGCCAUCGUCUCCAGCAACUCCACCACCCAAAACUCGCCAUUCUCCAACCCCCCAGCAGUCGAACCGCACAAGAAAAAGUCGUGUUUCUGUGUCUCCAGGAAGAACUUCGGGUAAAGUGACAAAACAUAAAGGUACUGAGAAAAGAGAGUCACCGUCACCAGCACCCAAGCCGAGAAAAGUGGAGCUGUCUGAGUCUGAAGAAGACAAAGGCAGCAAGAUGGCUGCAGCCGAUUCUGUGCAGCAGAGGCGCCAGUACAGACGACAGAACCAGCAGUCUUCGUCUGACUCUGGCUCCUCUUCCACCUCAGAAGAUGAGCGGCCCAAGAGAUCCCAUGUGAAGAAUGGUGAGGUAGGCAGGCGGCGGAGACAUUCCCCUUCUCGGAGUGCCUCUCCAUCACCUCGGAAGCGCCAAAAGGAGACUUCCCCUCGGAUGCAGAUGGGAAAGCGAUGGCAAUCGCCAGUGACUAAAAGCGGUAGAAGGAGGAGAAGCCCCUCCCCACCACCAGCCAGAAGGCGAAGAUCUCCUUCUCCAGCUCCUCCUCCUCCUCCUCCCCCUCCUCCUCGGCGGCGCAGAUCUCCCACCCCACCACCCCGACGAAGGACUCCUUCUCCUCCUCCACGCCGCCGCUCGCCUUCUCCAAGAAGAUACUCUCCUCCCAUCCAGAGGAGAUACUCUCCUUCCCCACCUCCCAAGAGGAGAACCGCCUCACCCCCACCCCCGCCCAAGCGAAGGGCAUCACCAUCUCCACCACCAAAGCGCCGUGUCUCCCACUCUCCGCCUCCCAAACAAAGAAGCUCCCCAGUCACCAAGAGACGCUCGCCCUCCUUAUCUUCAAAGCAUAGGAAAGGGUCUUCCCCAGGCCGUUCCACCCGGGAGGCCCGGUCACCACAACCAAACAAACGGCAUUCGCCCUCACCACGUCCUCGAGCUCCUCAGACCUCAAGUCCUCCCCCUGUUCGAAGAGGAGCGUCGGCAUCACCCCAAGGAAGGCAGUCCCCAUCUCCAAGUACUAGGCCUAUUAGGAGAGUCUCCAGGACUCCGGAGCCUAAAAAUAUUAAAAAGGCUGCCUCACCAAGUCCUCAGUCUGUAAGAAGAGUAUCUUCUUCCCGAUCUGUCUCUGGAUCUCCUGAGCCAGCAGUUAAAAAGCCUCCAGCACCUCCGUCUCCUGUCCAGUCUCAGUCACCCUCCACAAACUGGUCUCCCGCGGUACCAGUCAAAAAGGCUAAAAGCCCAACUCCAAGCCCUUCCCCUGCCAGGAAUUCUGAUCAAGAAGGAGGUGGAAAGAAGAAAAAGAAGAAGAAGGACAAGAAACACAAAAAGGAUAAGAAACACAAGAAGCACAAAAAACACAAGAAGGAGAAGACUGUGGCUGCAGCCCCUGCAGCUCCUGCAGCCCCUGCAGCUGUUUCUGCUGCCACAACCACGUCAGCACAGGAAGAGCCUGCGCCAGCACCAGAGCCCAGGAAGGAGACUGAAAGUGAAGCUGAAGACAACCUUGAUGACCUAGAAAGGCACCUGCGGGAAAAGGCCCUGCGAUCCAUGCGGAAGGCUCAAGUGUCCCCACAGUCCUAGGUGGACAUGUUUGUUAUGUUGUAAAUUUUAUUUGGUUUGUACUCAAUUCAAUUUCAAAAUCGCUAAAAUGUGUUUGAGCUUUAGACUUUAACAUUUGUUGUAAUAAUUGCUAGGUUGAAGUUCACCAUGUUUUUUAAAAAGAGGGGGGCAUGGAUUUGCAUUACACAGGUGUCCAUGGUGUAUUAGUGACAUUCUUCCAUUGACAUUUAGAGUGGACUACUUUAAGCCAAAAAAAAUUUUUAAGGGGCGUUUAAAUAUUGUUGGCAUUUUUACCAUCCUUUUAAAUGCCCUUGCCUCUCCCCAGAGGUCCCCCCCCCCUUUUUUUUCUUGUUUUUCUUGAAUUUUAGCACCAUGUAAAUUAUGCUUUCAACCUUGUAUAGGUUUGUAAGCUUGCCCAGAAGUGAGACCACAAGGGUCUGAGUGUUUUAAUGCGGCAAAUACUUCUGUUGUCUGUGGAGUCUCCGCUGACAGCUCGGGAUUCCAGCUCUAGGGAGCUGGGGAGGCACUGCUUAUGGAUGCUGGAGAUUCUGUCCAUGAAUGACAGGUUCAGAAGUUGAUUAGAACUCUGGAAUUUUGGUUGGCUUCUGUUUUGUUUUCUUUCUCCCCCUUUUUUCUUUAUCUUUUGUAAAGGCAAUUACUAGACCUAGCAAGGAUCCUUCAGUUAGAUAAAUUUGUUUUAUGAAACUUCAUGGCCCCCAUCCAGAAUUUUUUUCCUUAUUCUUCCAAUUGGCACACACAACUGAAGAGCUCUUGCAUUGGCAGGCUGGGAGGGCCUGGACUUGGACAUAGUGUCUUGGUUUCACUUGUUUUAUUUUAUUUUAUUUUUUAACUAAAGCUAUAUAAAGCUUGUGGAUUAAACAGAAUAAAUUUCUAAAUUUAA